CUGGCUGGCUGUCUCCAGCUGGUGCAGGACGUGAAGCCGGGCAACAUCUUCCUGUGCAGCGCCGACGUCGCGCCGGCCGACAGCGACGACGGCUACGACGACGACGAGCCGCGUCCCGACCACCUCUACAAGAUCGGAGACCUCGGCCACGUGACGUGCGUGUCGUCGCCGUCAGUAGAAGAAGGCGACUGCAGGUACCUGCCCAAAGAAGUGUUGCAGGAAGACUUCACGCAUCUAACCAAGGCUGACAUCUUUGCUUUCGGUCUAACGUUAUUCGAGGCGGGAGGCGGUGGUCCUUUACCGAAGAAUGGGCAGCAGUGGCACGAUUACAGAGAGGGCAAACUGCCCGACCUGCCCGGACUGUCGAGGGAAUUCAACCAGCUGUUGAAGAAAAUGGUCGACCCGGACCCGACGGUGCGACCGUCCGCCGCCAGGCUUCGUAAGCACCCGCUGCUCCAUCCGUCGUGCAACAAAAGCAAGUCGCAACUCCGACGCGAGCUCGCCGCGGCUAAGAUGAAGAACGAACUGCUGGCUAGGAAGCUGCAAGAGGCUGCUAGGUGUAUAAAGUCGCUAACACCCAACCUGGUCUCAACGCAAGAAUCCGCCAAAUUCCGCACGCGUUCCGCAAAGCGCCUCCAAAAACCGCGCAUCGACUCGCAACUGGUGGAAAUACUGCAGUCAGUCACCUCCCCUAUGCGGAUAGAGAGGCGUCUGGACAGAAGAGGGAAGAAGGUUUAAGAAGAAGAAGAAAGAAGAAAUGUAAGUCCGCGUAGACUUUGACAGUUUUGUUCGAUGAUAUUGACAGAAGUUUGAAAGUUAGUCGUAAGUCAUUUUUUUCUGCAGAUAGCCUUUUAAAAAGCGCUUGUAAUAUUAUUUGAGUUGGCUUUAAAUGUUUUGUGUCGUCUGCACCGCAUACAACGUAAUAAUCAGUUUUAUUCCAAUACAGUUGUCAUACAUUUUUUUAGUUAUGUGAAAUCCAUUUAAAUAAUUUAGUCAGCCUGUGACCACGGCCGGUGCAACUCGGUCGAAACGUUAGGCAAAUACAGGUAAUGUUUCAAUGUUUUCUAUCCGCGUAUAGCGUUAAAACCUGCUUAAAUUAAUUAAAAAACUAGAUCUAAAACAUCUAUGUUCUUAUGUUCGAGUAAUAUCGAUUUAAAUACGUAACAUUGGCAUUUAUAAAGAAAACCUUUUAAGAAAAGAAAUAAGUCAAACAAUUUUCCGUGUGCGAUCCUGCAAACGAACUACUAACGUCCGGUUCAAAACGUCGUAUUAGAAAGAGCCGUUAGCCUAUCUUUUUCUAGAUUUACAAACUAGACCCGUUUCAACCCCUAAGGGGAUGAAUUUGGGGAUUUUUUUCCAUACAAACUAGACCUGUUGAAUUUAGGAAGUUUCUCCAUACAAACUGGACCCGUUUCAUCCCCUAAGGUGGGGGAUUCCGGUAGUUUCUCCAUACAAGCUUUGGGCCGUUUCAUCCCCUAACUAAGGGGAUCAUCCCCUAAUUAAAACCCUUUCUUAGCGGAUGUCUACGAUGAUGGGUGCCUUUUAUGUAUGGAUUUUAAAAUCAAAAUUAAUUAACAGAACCAAUUAAUAUCAAAUCUCAAUUCAAUUUAAAGCAUAGAUAGCCAUUUGAUGUGGUGAAUUUUAGUAUUUCGACCAAUCACAAGACAGGAUCUGUCGCCCGUAUUCACAAACGAUGCUUGCAUAAGUGAAGCAGCAAAUCGAACGCACAGCGUUGAAUAAAACUCUGUGAUUGGGUCGCGUGUCACCCUGUGCGUCCACACGCACUGUGAGACCUCAUAGUAAUGUUUGUGAAUACGGGCUGGGUGUGACUGAGUUGGAAUCUUGUUUCGAACGUUUUUUUAAACAAGUUGUUUUGUAACACAGUUAUUUUCCGUUUCAAUGAGGGUUUUCGCGAAUGAAAGAUCCGCUAAAUGGCGAGACGUGGAUGUGGGGUCUGACUGCUGCGUGA